ACUGUGUAGUAUUCGCCCUUCGAUUAUUGAUCGAUGAUCACAAUAAUAUUAUUGUUCGAGCGAUGCGUUGCCAUGCCUGCUAAAUUCUUCGUACUGAUCGAUCGAAAAAAAAGACAAGACAGAUGUAUUAUCGGAAGAUCAAUAAACUAAAGAUAAAUGUAAGCUGAAAUCAUAAAAAAUGAAAGGUGCAACAACAAAUACUGAUCACAAAACAGAAGCUUACACAACAUGACAACACAAGCAGAAGUAGACGAGAUCAAGGCCAUCCUUACUCGAGGCUUGGAAAAUCUAGCAAUUCAAACUGGCCAAAAGCAUCUUCCACUGAGAAAACAGACCAAGAAACCUAUGCUAAAUCAUGAUCAAAUCUCAAGUGCUUCCAGGUUUAAUACAGAUGCCAGGCUUCCAAUCUCAGGGAAAUAUACCAGAGAUACAUUUAAGCCUGCCCGACGACCAUUGCCUAGGCCACAGGUUUAUUAUGAUGCCAGUACAAGCUCUUCAAUAUGCAUAGAGCCUAGAGCACCACCAAGAGUAGGACAUGCCCGACCCCAUAGUAGUAGAGGACCACACUAUGGGCACUCAUCGAAAUUUGACACACGCGCUAUGCGUGGAAGAUCUCUACUAGAGCCACCAAUAAAAGCUGCAGUAAAGAAAAACAAAGAUUCUGCACAGUAUUCAGUGACCUUAAAUGGUAGCAAGUGCAAAAAGCCCAACAAUUUAAAAUCAACAAAAAGUGAAGCCAUUGUUGCUGAUGCUGGGGAAGAAGGAGAAGAAUGGAGCGACAUAGAUGAAGAUGAUGAUUUUGAUCCAAGAGAAAGUGAAAGGACUCCAGGGGAUGGAUCAUCCUUUGAUAACUACAUUGAAGAGGAGGAUGUCAUGGAUACACUUGAAGAUGAUGAUGUUGCUGCCGAUGAUGCAUCAGAUGGGUAUUCUAUAGCAAGUGUUUCGUCCAGAACACAUUCUGCAAAAGAACGAGAAAGUGAUGACACAGUAAAGGAAGAAUUAGCAGCCAUUGCUAGCAGGAUUGACCGUGCUAGCCUAGGCAGCAGGGCUGAUACCAGAGUGUACAAGUUGCUAACUACAGGCUCUGAGGAAGCUCAGCCAGGGCUUACGCCAAGUUUGUUCAGCAAUGUCCCACCGACAAUCAACUUCGUUACAGAGGAUGAAAAAUUGACUCCAUUACCAUGGGAACUUCGCAAGUUACUAAAAUGGCGAAUGAGUCCGAUUACUCCACAGAUUGUAAAAGGCUGUAUAGCAAGGUCUGGGUUUAGAGCAACUAAAAAGAGCAAUGAAUGGAUUGGGUAUUGGGGUAAACACAUGAAAGCCUCAGGAUUCAAAGGACUGAGAGAUUACCAAAAGAUGAAUCACAUCCCUGGAUCGUUUCAAAUUGGUCGGAAGGAUCGUCUAUGGCGGAAUCUCUCACGAAUGCAAGUUCAUUUUGGCAAGAAGGACUUCAACUUCUUUCCGCAAACCUAUGUACUGCCCUCAGACAUGAAGCUUCUGAAGAGAGCUUGGGAGGAUGGAGGAACGAAGCAAAAAUGGAUCAUGAAACCGCCUGCAUCAGCACGUGGCAUCGGCAUUAAGGUGAUUCACAAAUGGAGUCAAAUCCCUAAGAGGCGCCCUGUUAUUGUCCAGCGCUAUUUAGCCAAACCCUUCCUCAUCAACGGCAGUAAGUUUGACCUUCGAGUGUAUGUCUACGUCACCUCCUUCGAUCCAUUGAGAAUUUAUGUGUUUGAAGAUGGACUGACGCGAUUUGCUACAAUGAAAUAUUCGUCUUCCAUGAAAAGCCUGUCAAACAAGUUUAUGCAUUUAACAAAUUACAGCAUUAACAAGAACAAUUCUGAUUUCACCCCGAAUGAGGACCACACAGCUUGUGAGGGGCACAAGUGGACAUUAAAGGCAUUGUGGGGCUACAUGAAGCGAAUGGGGAUUGACACAAAAGCUAUUUGGGAUAACAUCAAAGACCUGGUGGUCAAAACAAUUAUAAGUGGGGAAAGUAGCAUUACUAGUAUGACAAAAGCAAAUGUCAGGCAUCGCUACUCAGUCCAUGAGCUCUUUGGCUUUGAUAUUCUACUGGACGAGAACCUGAAACCAUGGAUACUGGAGGUCAACAUAUCACCAAGCCUACAUUCAAACUCACCUCUGGAUAUAAGUGUAAAAGGUAGCAUGAUAAAAGACCUCCUCAACUUGGCAGGAUUCCAAAUCCCAGAAAAACGAGAAGUCUAUCCAAAUCUGAUAAACAAUGGUAACAACAGUGACCAAUACAAAAAUGUGAUUAUGGACAAGCGUUGCUGGAAUACACAUGUUGAAAAGCAUGAAAGAGCGAAGCAUGCAUUCUACACGCAAAAGUAUAUUGAUGAUCAAUGUAGAGCAUCUGUGGUAGACCUACUGACACCAGAUGAUCUGUGUAUCCUGAUUGAGACGGAGGAUGAGUUUAGCCGUCGCGGUGGCUUCCAGCGUGUCUUUCCUUCUCCAGUCUCAUCCAAGUUCUCGCGAUUCUUUGAAACACCUCGUUACUACAAUGUCCUACUUGAAGAAUGGGUCAAUAGGUACCACCGAACUCCAGCAAGAGGGCUUGCUUUGCUUGAAGGCUAUUGUGGUGAGAAAAUUCACCUUAGAUGUAACACUGACAAUGCCCAUAUAUGGACACCUAUCUCAACAGUACUGGUAGUGAAAGAGCAAAGAACUCUUAGUGCUCCAUCGAAAGUGCUGCAGUCACCCACAUCUAACCUCAAGAAAAGCUCGUCUGCUCACUCUCUGCCAAAGAUCAAGGGAAAGAAGGGAAAGCACAGAGUGAUAUCAUCCUCCAGUAGUUCUGCGUCAUUGAACUCUCUAACAAGUCGUCCACCUCACCCACCGUUCUCGUACUACACGGACAAUGACUCGCCCAGUUGAUGGGUCCAUUUACCAUGUUUUUCGGUCCAUUUGUGAUAGAUACCUCGUUCAAAAAUCAAUUUUGUACUCUUGGGACCCAAAACGGAAACAGCCAUAAUACAAAGCACCAACUACUAAAUAACAAUGUUGGUCUUGCCAAAGAAGACCUGUCUUACCAUCAAACAGUUACUGCUAAUAAGUGUGUAGCAAGUUUAUGGAGGAUAAAGUUGGUUGUAAAGAAGGGCCUGUAAUGCAUACAAAAACAAAAAGGUGAACAGAAAGGACAAAGAUAUGCCAUUUUUGUGUGUACUCAAGCAUAAUAUUCCCUUUGAAACACAGAUGUAAUUAUCAUCCAAGUUCAUUCACAGAACUGAACAAGCUUUGGUAUUCUCUAGCAUCAGAAAGAGACGGAAAAUGGUACUUUAAUCUUUUACUCCUGCUUCCAUCACCUUAAUGCUCAUAUCAACAGAACGCCAUUUUACUUAGAGAAUUGACUAAUGAGUAUCUCAUUUGCAUUUUGAUACCAAGAAUUAUACUCUGAUAGUAAUAGGCCUAACCAAGCUACUGGACCAUUAGUGUAUCAUCACUUUUUUAGAUAAAAAUAAAUACAGGGUAACUAAGCCUGUAAAUAUUUACAUAGGAUUAUUUGUUUUCUUUUGUUCUUUAAUAUGUAGUUUUCUAUGUAUUGUACUACUACCAUGUUUAUAUUUUAACAGUAUAGGUUAAAUUAAAGACCAGUUUUGAAUAGUCUUUAGCAGCUGCAACCUUUUUGGAAAAAAAACCAAAAAAAACA